CGCAGCUGAAGUGCAUACUCAUUUUGCUCUACGGCAAAAGUUCUCAGCCAUCGGCUCUCCAUAGCAAAUGAAACGGAAGGCCAACCAACCCCCGAUUGCCGAAGGAUUGAUUGGCCGCAAAAGCACACGUAGCAACCAGUGGCCUCAUCCGGCCUGCGCAAAUGGCGCAUCGGUUGGUUUCUUCACCGGGGAAAGGAGACGAUAUCCUGAUGUCUGGAACAGAAAACGAUAUCAAACCCGUUCGUCACGGGACCGCGAGGCCCAGCCCUUAGAGAAAUCCCUCAAGCCCGUCAAAGCCCUUCAUUGGGCGAGCGAUUUGAUUCUGGCGGCAUGUAAUUGGCCAGGAGCGCGGCUUUUGUCGACGCCCGUUCGCCUAUUAGUCAGCCGGGAUGGAAGACAGCCGAGUGGUGUUGACGCCAAGGCCAGGGCCACGGGCGCCAAAUGGCGGGAAUCGGAGCGGGAAGCGGAACCAUUCCAAGAAAUCCAAGACUUCCAAGACAACGAGUAUGUAAGGCCUAAUGGGUGACAAGAAAAAAAAAAGAGGAAGAUUUAACGAGAGCUUUAUGAGUCAAAGGGAGCCUUUUGUAUGUCCGAGUAAGUGCCCUCCGAGGAGUUACUUUCCCUAGAUACCUUGUGCUCGGGCCGUGGAUUGGGGUUUUGCUGCCUGAGUUUGCCAUUGCUGCCUGGUAGAUUUCCUCCGAUUCAUCCCGAGGGCCACAUACAGCGUUAACACACAGCACUACUUAUUAAAUAAUAAUAAUAGCGAUGCCAGUCAGUUCACCACUGCACCCUUUUUUCCUUUCUUCAGUUAAUAAAUAUAUACUCCUCAUUUUUUCCCGGUUGGUGGUUUUUCUCUUUCUUUCUUUCUUUCCUUUUCUUUCUCUCUUUUCCCCUAUUUCCUCUAUAUAAAUCUAGGUCCCUGCCCUGCUGAGUUCCAACCAGCUCCACAACUCCUGACCCUCAUGCGGAUAUAGAACAACAAGUGAUCAUACCUCUAACUCAACCCUGAAGCUCCCCUGCCAUGAUCUAAGGCAGUUUUUGUCUCACAACAAGAUGAUAAUGGGAAGUUGGGAAGAAAGAGAGUGGCUUCCAGGUGCAGGUGAUGUGACAUCUCAAUAUAUCCCCUCCCCGGCCUCUCUUUUUCUCCAUCAGUUACAAAAACACAGCAUGGCAUGAACAUCAGUCAACAGAGGUACUGUUUCGUAUCAGAGAAGAAUGAUUUUCAGACAGGGACAGAACAAACCCCCCCCCCCCCCCCCCUCUCCUCCCGAGAAUUGAAAAAACACAGCAUCCCAUUCAGAUUUUACAUUUUUCACCUACACAGCACAGAGUUAACCCAAAUUCGUAAUCUACAAACGGCUAGAAACAGAAAAACUGAGGGGGAAAAAGAAGAAAAAGAAAAAGAAAAAGGUUACACCCGAGGAGCACAAAAGGGGACAGCUAUCGUUUACAAAUACAUACAGUAGUAGGUAGGUAUCCUAUUAUUUAUUCAACUUCCAUAACUUAUCGCAAGUUGGUCCUUUGGACGGAGUAUAGCCAGUUGUACGCAUAGUAAAGCGAGGAGUAUGCAAGUAUUAGUGCGAUCGUACGUAAUGUAUGUACUGUAGUUACUUUGUGACCGCCACGGGUCUUCCAGUGCCUAAAGUUCCCCCCCCCCCCCGGCAGAAGGUUGUUUAGGAAUGGGAUGAAGACUCGGGCUGUCGUAGAGUUGCACCUACGCAGCUAGUAAUAACGGAACAGCCAUGGAAGGGAAUUAGUUCUGUAUCCGCACGUCCAUGGUUAGGGGUUGUUUCUCCUAGAGCAUGGUCGCCGCUCUUGUCCCAGAUACACGGCUUGGGGUGGACGUUGGACCUCGAGGGCGGAGUGUGUGGUGUGGGUCAUGGAGAAAGGUGGGUUUUAGAGAAACGAAGAAGAAAAGCACACUGCUAGCUAAUAUCCGUGGGAUAGGUAGGGUAGGUUAUCAUGAAUCAUGCUCUUGGACACGGGAAGCGGCUUCGUUUUCAGCCCUCGCAUUCUACCCAUCCCAUUCCAAAUAAUAGUCGUAACAUUGAAAACACACAUAAUGUAACUCGUGAUACACAAUUCAAGGACAACGGCAUCUCCUCGAUCUAGGUACUACACCGUGGUACGGUACGUAAGUGCAGUACCCAGGCAAUUGGCGGAGAGUUGCGCUCCUUGCGCCAUUCAUAUCGUUCAGCUACCUACCGGUGUCAUCUGAGGCUGAAGUUGACCGGUCAAUCACAAUAAUGCCUCUACCGCGGUCCAAGAGCGGGGCGAGUGGGAAACGGAUCAAAAGAGAACGCGAAAAA